AUGAGAAUACAAAAAUGCUAUUUUUGCUCGGCCAGCAUAUAUCCCGGCCACGGGUCCAUGUUCGUGCGUAACGACGGCGCUGAGUUUAGAUUCUGCCGCUCCAAGUGUGUGAAAAACUUCAAGCUGAAGAGAAACCCCAGAAGAGUUGCAUGGACAAAGACGUACAGAAAAGUCCGAGGAAAAGAUCUGGUCAACGACACGUCCCAGGAGUUCGAAAAGAGAAUACACGAGCCAAUCAUCUACAACAAAGAGGUGUACGAGAAGGUUAUCCAAAGCAUGCCCAAAAUAGCCGAAAUAAGACACAGCCGAGAGGCAUUCUUUAUUAAGAACAGAAUACUCACAGGAAAAGAAAAGCUGGUUGAGAAUGAAAGAAUCUUCAUCGUCAAGAACGUUGAUGCGUUGACAGAAGACGAGAGAAUGAGAGAGAACUUGGAAAGAAAGAGAAAAAUCAGAGAAGCUCUGAAGCUGCCAUUCGAAUAA